AUGGUUACCAAAUCCAAGCUCAAGUUGGCAUUGGCGGCUGAGAAGGGCAUCGACCUCCGUAAAGUCAAGGAACAGAGAAAGAUCAAAUCGAAGCACCGCGAAACCGCCAAGGAGAAGGAGAAGAAGGCUAAAGCCCAAGGCGCCGAUGGAGAAGCCGAAGAAAUGGACGACGAUGAGGACGAUGAUGCCUCCGUAAUUUCCGUCGAGGGUGAAAUCACAUUGAACGCCGAGUUCGAGGAUGCCGACUCGGAUGAAGAGGAUGAAGAUGAGGAGGAAGAUGACAAGCUUGACAUCGAAGCAUUGGACGACACAGACAGCGACUCCGAUUCCGAGGUUGAGAUGGAAGAGAAGCUUGAGCGCCCGGCCAAGAAGACCAAGACUACCAAGAAGACGCCGACAGAAGUCGAGGAGAAGGACGACGACUCGGAAGACGAAGAAGAAGACCCCGAGGCGGAUGACGUGCCGCUCUCGGACCUCGACGCUGACGAGGGGGAUCUUGAGGACGUCGUCCCGCAUACCAAGCUCACCAUCAAUAACAAGACGGCCCUCGUCACCUCGUUGAACCGCAUCCGCAUCGAUACCUCGCCCGCCGUGCGCUUCGCGACGCAUCAGUCAGUCAUCUCGUCCAAGCCGACGGCUGACGCCGUUCCCGACGUCCAGGACGACCUCCAGCGCGAGCUCGCGCUGCUGUCGCAGUCGCUCGAGGCGGCGCGCAAGGGCCGUUCCCUCCUCAUCCAGGAGAAAGUGCCCUUCUCGCGCCCCAACGACUACUUUGCCGAGAUGAUCAAGGACGACGGCCAGAUGCAAAAGGUCAAGGCCAAGCUCAUUGACGAAGCCAGCUCCAAAAAGGCCGCCGCCGAGGCGAGGAAGCUCCGCGACCUCAAGAAGUUUGGCAAGCAGGUACAGGUCGCCAAGCUCCAGGAACGCCAAAAGGCCAAAAAGGACACACUGGACAAGAUCAAGACGCUCAAGAGGAAACGCCAAGAAGGUUCUUCGAACCUUGACACCCACGAGGCUGACCUGUUCGACGUCGGCGUCGACAACGAGAUCAAGAGCCAUACCAACUCGUCCGGCAAGCGCGACGGAAAACGCGACGGUGGCCGCUCCGGUAGUGGUGUCAACACCAAGCGGGCCAAGAAGAACGACAAGUACGGCUUCGGCGGCAAGAAGCGCCAUGCAAAGUCGGGCGAUGCUGUUAGCUCAGGCGACCUCAGUGCCUUUAACCCCAAGCGUAUGAAGGGCGGCGUGGGCAAGAAGCCCCAGCAGCGGCCCGGCAAGAACAGGAGAAAGUCCAUGUCGAAUAAAUAA